GCGGCGGGCGGCCCGGGCGCCGCUCCUCCUGCCGGCCGCCCGCUGCCUGCCUGCUUGGUCCGGCGGCCUGGUGGCACUAGCGGGGCGGGGAGGAUGAGCACGGCGGGACCGGGCGGCAGCACCACAAGAAGAAGCAGUAGCAGCAGCGCAAGGAGCAGCAGCAGCCGCCGCCGCCGCGGCGGUCACUGAGGCGAGGAGCACCGCGGCGGAGGCAGGGGAUGGCGCUGCCGGGGGAGCGCGGCGCGGAGCCCCAGCCCGGCGCCUCCCGCCCCGCCGACGAGGAGGAGGACAGCGGCGGCGGGGCCGGCGGGCAGCCGGAGGCGCUGUCUCUGGAGGAGAUCCUCAGGCUCUACAACCAGCCCAUCAACGAGGAGCAGGCGUGGGCCGUGUGCUACCAGUGCUGCGGCUCGCUGCGGGCCCGUGCCCGCCGCGGCGAGACCCCCGCCGCCAGGCUGGGGGCGGCCGCCCACCUUCGCGUCUGGCGGGACGGCGCCGUCACCCUGGAGCAGGGCGAGCCCCGCCGGCCGCCCUCGCCCGCCGCAGAUAAAUCGAGCCGCUUACACUGCACAGAAAUGGAGGUUAUUGAAUCACUAGGGAUUAUUAUAUAUAAAGCCCUGGACUAUGGUUUGAAGGACAAUGAAGAGCGGGAAUUAAGUCCUCCACUGGAGCAGCUUAUUGACCACAUGACUAAUACCACAGAAACAGAUGGGAGUAGGGAUGAAGGAUAUGAUGCUCUGGAUGAAGGAGUGGAGGAUGACGAUGAUGACAAAGAGGAAAUUGAGGCCAUUCAUUCCUAUAAGGAUGUCAUGAAGCUGUGUGCUGCCCACCUGCCAACCCGAUCAGAGGCACCAAAUCACUAUCAAGCAGUAUGUCGGGCUCUGUUUGCUGAAACAAUGGAACUGUACACUUUUCUGGCCAAAAUUAAAAGUGCAAAAGAGAAUCUGAAGAAGAUUCAAGAAAUGGACAAAGAGACAAGUGAUGAAUCCAGCACAGAUCUUGAUGACUUAAAAAAUGCUGACUGGGCUCGUUUUUGGGUACAAGUGAUGCGAGAUUUACGGAAUGGUGUUAAACUUAAGAAAGUUCAAGAGCGUCAGUACAACCCGCUCCCAAUAGAAUAUCAGCUCACACCCUAUGAAAUGUUGAUGGAUGAUAUUAGAUCCAAACGUUAUACCUUAAGGAAGGUCAUGGUCAAUGGUGACAUUCCACCUCGAUUAAAAAAGAGCGCCCAUGAAAUAAUCCUGGAUUUUAUCCGAUCGCGACCUCCAUUAAAUCCUGCCUCGGCAAGAAAACUGAAACCAACCCCACCACGGCCACGCAGCCUUCAUGAAAGGAUUCUGGAGGAAAUCAAGGCAGAGAGGAAGUUACGUCCAGUCUCACCUGAUGAGAUAAGGCGUAGCAGGCUGGCAAUGCGGCCACUUAGCAUGUCUUACAGUUUUGACUUGUCAGAUGUAUCUACACCAGAGGCUGGAAGAAAAUUAGCGGAUGCCUCUGUAGUGAAUGGUGGCCUGGCACCACAAGGAGAGCAGGAUGGGGCCACACAAGUGACAGUACAACGCAAGAGACUCCUUAAGGCUCCCACGUUGGCUGAACUUGACAGCUCAGAUUCAGAGGAAGAAUCAGUGCACAAAUCGGCAAGUAGCAGCAGCAUCUCCCCGUCACAAGUGGAAGACCCCUCUCAAGAAGGCACCAGCAGCAGAAAGAUGCCUCCAAAAUUCCUGCCCAUAUCAUCUACACCACAGCCUGAGAGACGGCAGCCACCUCAGAGACGACACUCCAUUGAAAAGGAAACACCAACCAACGUGAGACAGUUCCUACCACCUUCAAAACAGAGCUCCAGAUCACUUGAGGAGUUCUGUUACCCGGUGGAAUGCCUGGCUCUGACGGUGGAGGAGGUCAUGCACAUCCGUCAGGUGCUGGUGAAGGCGGAGCUGGAAAAGUACCAGCAAUAUAAAGAUGUCUACACCGCUCUCAAGAAAGGAAAGCUCUGCUUUUGCUGUCGAACGAGGAGGUUUUCUUUCUUUACCUGGUCUUACACUUGUCAGUUCUGUAAGAGGCCUGUAUGCUCACAGUGUUGCAAAAAAAUGCGGUUGCCAUCAAAGCCAUAUUCUACCCUCCCCAUCUUCUCACUGGGACCUUCAACCUUGCAAAGAGGAGAGAGUUUUAUGAGGCCAGAGAAACCCUCCACCAGUCACCACCGGUCGCUGCGGAGCAUGUCCAGGUUGACCUCAAGGUCCAAAUCUGUGGAUAAGUCACAUGAAGAGUUUCCCAAAGAGUUAAUGGAGGACUGGAGCACGAUGGAGGUGUGCGUGGACUGCAAGAAGUUUAUUUCAGAAAUCAUCAAUUCAAGCCGACGCAGCCUAUCUCUGGCCAACAAGCGGGCCAGGUUAAAAAGGAAAACGCAGUCCUUCUACAUGUCGUCGCCGGGAACCUCUGAAUACUGCCCCUCUGAAAGGACUAUCAAUGAGAUCUGAGCCUUGUGCCUUUUUCUUUGCUUUCGUCUUCAUGAGGUCAUCAUCCAUGAGCAAGGUCACUGAAACUGGAUUACCAUUCCGUUGCUUCGUUUCACUUGACUGGCUUGAACUUGCAUUAGAUCACAGGAUUUCCUACUCCAAUGGUUCCCGGAGACACAGAACGCUACGCUUAGGUCUGUGCAGAACGAUACACGAUGGGUCAGCUGCUCACACUGGAAGAAAAUCAAUAGUUUGAAAUUGUUGCCUCUUUCGUAUGUGUGCGUUGAAACUAGAAAGCCUUUUCUUGCUUUCAGUCUUUUUUUUAACCAUGCUUUGAAUCAUUUUUUUCAGGAGAUGAGCUGAAAACAUACAUUUAAUGGAGAACCAAAUCUAACAAAGUGUCAGCACAGUAGCAAAACAGUGAGUCACGUUGGCAUUACCACCUUGUAAUGCUCGCGUCCUAGUUGUCACAGCAGAGGGUCGUAUCGCACGCCAGACACUGAGUGCGAGCGACUGUGGUCAAAACCAUCUUUCUUUGAACUGUUUCGGUUCCUCUGAGAUCAGGGUUCAGCACGGGACUUGGCAACAUCUGCGUCCUAGGGCAAAGUACGCGACGGAGCUGUUCGCCCAGGUGGUUGGCCAUUCCCCUGAGCUGCUGUGCUUCUUAAGCCUUAGUGUACUUCUGAGUGUCUCCUGAGCAGGUUUUAGUAGUUUAUUUUCUAUCUUGAAUGUAUGAUGAUGACUACUAGUAGCCGUGAACUUUAGUAUUAGACAGAGUUGUACAGUUUAUGGGGAGGAUGGGAAAUAAGGGAGGCGUCGAAUUUUAACCGAAUACCUGUAAAGUUGUUCUCACAGUUGCUCAGAGAAAACGGUGGGUAAGGUGUACAUUUGUAUUAUAAUGGAGCACACAAAUACUGCUAUGGUUAUGUCUGACAGCACAUCUGCUGAUAGCCCCAUUUUUUCUGGGGUUUAUAACUUGGCUGUAAAAAUUUGUGUUCUGCUGAAAUUUGGGACAGUGCGGUCUCAGAUUGGGAGCAAUCUCUCUCUUUUUAUCUUUUACCUUUUUUCUAUCUUUUCCCCCUUUUAAUUUACUCAUGGGAGAGUGCUAGACUGGUUGUUCAGAAGUUCCAACAAUGUUACAACAUUAACUGACAUCUCAUGCUUUUUUGCACUUUUUUUUUAAUAUUCAAAAUACUUUUUUUAAAAUUCAAGCAUAGCCAGAGUUUAGCCAAUAAUUUGGGGCCAGAUCAUUUUGGUGUUUAAAAACAAGCUAACAUAGCCAAGUUAUUGAUACUUGAAAAUCAACUACUGUAACUUUUUCAUAAAUUUUUUAAUACCCUGAGGCAUAUUUAAUAUCUAUAUAGCAGUGUAUUAUAGAAUGUUGUAGCAGAAGAGUUUCAGAUCUAUUUAUUAACAUUUCUAUACUUCGGAUUAAUGAGAGAUACCUCAGAACUGCUCCAAAGUAGCUGGGACUGGAUUUCUGUAACAUGAUUUUAAAGAUGUAUUAAGCAAAACAGAUUCUCCGGUUCAAAUCCGGUGCAUUGAGGAGCCCGAGGGAAGGCAGACUGCCCCGCCAGCCCUCGUAGGGCACAGCACGGAGGCCGCGGGGCACCAGGGGGUCGGCUCCCACGCAGUAGCUGGGCUCCAGUGCCACUGUGGGCUGCCUCCUGCCACCCAGGGGAGCAAGGCUUCCCCUUCAGAGCGUAUUUGCUUGUUAAGUUGCAGCCUUCGGAGCAGCCGCUCAUAGCAUAUCUUUUAAGUUGAUUUGAGAAGCACAUGCAAAAGUCCCCUUAAACCUUCCCAGGGACUCAUCCAUCUUUAUUUUUCUUCAAACACCCCCUUGCAAAAUGAGAAUUUUUGCCUACACAGGGCUUAUUGAAGUAAUGUUUUUAAAUUUUUCUGAACCAAUGUGAACAGGAAAAGCAGGGCCCAAGGCUAACUCUCCCUGUUAGCUGUCACGGCCCUCUUCUCGGGGUACCUCUGGAAAAGUGUCUUGCAUGUUAAAGCAUGUAUCGGCAUGAGAUAAGGAUGUAGGAUUGCAGGAGGUGAGCAGCACAGACAGGCUGAUUUGAAAGGUCUGCUGUUGCUGGAAGGGUCGCCUGAUCUCAGUCACAUCAGCACUUUUUCUUGUUUCUGUGCCAAAACCAGGCGGUGUGUUUGCUGCACAGUGCAUCAGGAAAACUAGACUGGAAGAAAUGCAUGAAAUCUCACUUUGCAUCUCCCCUGUUGUUGUUAUAAUUUUCCCCUGGAAAUGCCCCAGACACACGUUACAAUCACUCAAUCCUCUGCUUGCAGUCGUCUUCCCCAGCAUCCUCAGGCCACUGAGGUGCAGGGUAUCCAUCACAUUUAUUUUCCCCUUUGAGAGGGAUUUAGGUCAUUGCAGAGCAGGCAGGAUCAAGGACUAAGUAAACCCUGAGUGUGUGAAGGAGAAUAAGUCCCUCACGGCAUGCCUGUGCCCCCCUCCACCUUGGCAGUGUCCGGGGCAGCUCUGAGGAAGCAGGGGAGCCUCACGAUCCAGCCUUUGCCUUCCCGGGGUGCCCAGCAGCCCUUGCUUGGGCCGGGCUCUGCUGCACCAGGCAGGGUGCAAACACCAAAUGAUGAUGCGGUGGUAGUACAUCCGGCUCCAUGUUGCUCACGCAGAGCUGCCAUGGGGCAGGGCCCUGGAUCACUUCCUUUUUCCCUGGAGAAAACCCUCCAGGCUGCUGACACGUGCUGUGGCAGCUCCAGAAAAAGUGGUGCGGAGGGCUGCCUCCCGCCUCCCGUCCCAUCCCUUCCCCUCUGCCACAGUUGCUCCACGUUACCCUGGCAUUUCAUUCUGCAAAGGAAAAAGCAGCAGGUUGGUUUGUCACGCAAAGCCUGAAGGAGCUCAGCUCGCUGGUUGCCUGGAUCUCUGCGGAGUGGGCUAUUUUUAGCUUUCCGUCUCGCUGCUUGCGCUAGCAUCCCAAAUCCACGGCAGCCAUUUGCCUGCGUACCCCGCGGUGCUGCCCAGCAUGUCCUAGUUACGGUCUGAACUUCACGUUAGCAUCAGAGGAUGAAAUCAGAAGCUUGUAAAUAUGUGUAAUAUAUUUAUUAAUAUUUAGGAAGUCUCCAUCAAUCAUGCAGCGGGAAUUGACUUUCCCUUGAUGUUUUAAAAAGGAAAUGAGUCUUAUUUAUAUGUGUGUUGGCUAUUAUCUUUAUUAGAGUUAAUGCUUUCAACCCCCUAAUACAGUUUGCACUCCAUAGGCAUUUUAGAGUGAAAAGAAUGCGGGACUAGCACAGUGAGCUCCCUUCCAUGAAUUUUAAAAACCUUUUCAUUUUUUUUAGCUUUAUUAAUAUGCCCAAGGUCUGUUUAAAUAUAUCGUAGGAGACCCAAGGAGUUAAAAAUGCCACCAGCAGCAUCAGUCUUGUUGUUCUUGCAUGUGAACCCAGCUGUGGAGAAUUCAAAACCAGCUCUGCCCGAUGCACCAAUGGAGGAAGCAAGCAGGCCUUUGCUGCGGCUCUCAAACCUGACCUGUCAAAUGUUCGUGGUGACAAUAGUGCUUUGGGGGGUUGCUGGUUUUUCCCCCUUCCCCGUUACUUCCUUUAUAGAGGGAGGGGUGCUACCUGGUGAAAAUAAAAUGCCUUUCCGUUAUAGCCCUUGUCUGUGUUAAUUAUUCACGUGGAAGCAGCUGAAAAGGUUCUGUCUCUCCUUUUUCAUGCUUUUAUAGUUUUGUAAGAUCAGUCGGACGUUUCUUACAGCAAAGAAUUGUUAAUGAAAAUUACUGGGUAACACCAAACGCCGGCUGGGCUGCACGAAGGGACGGAAACAUGUCAAAGUACUCUUAGAAUAGCAAUAAAGCUGCUUGUGUAACCCCGGUGCUGUGCCUGGCUCCCAGUCCUCCAACUCCCUCCGUUACCAACGCGUCGCUCCCCCCCAGCGCUGACAGCCUGUGGCCAAGGCGCGCUUGCCCCACACGCAGCGCGGGCUUUGGAGAUCUCUGUCCCUCAUCUUCGGGAGAGGAACGCUGGCAGUCUUUUGGAGAGGGUUUUGAAUUAUUCUUUUUAGUUUUUAAACCAGAAGCGGCGAGAACGUUUUUAUCACAACUAUUACAUUGUUUUCCCUUCUCUUUCAAGCUCUCCUUUUUCCCCAGGCAAGUUCAGCAUCGGCUUCCAUGGUUAGUCACUGGCUGCACGCUGUAUGGUUUAAAACUAACUUAAAAGCUCCCAGUUUUAGACUCCUGAUUGCUGCCUUCAUGCUUUACCUCAUGCAGCAGCUCUGUACGUCUUUUAGGAAUGUCUUUCUUACAAGCUCAGUCUCAUCCGUGAAACAGUGACAGCACACAGGCAUGAGGGAAGGGUGCUGCGACUGUAUGCUCUGGUGCUACGGCAUAUGGAUUAUGUUCAUGUUACCAUAAAAUUUUUUAGUAUUUCCAUGUUGAUAACUUGGAGCUGCUCUGGUUUAUUUCUUCUUCUUUUUGUAUGUAUGUAUCUUCAGGCCAAUCUGAGAAUGUUUAUGAAUAUUGAUUCCAGCUAUAAAGACCUGUUUUGUUGUCUCUG